AUGGCACCUACAUUCAUUCCUACGGAGGAUAGUCCGUAUUUAAUUAAUCACUUCAUGCUCUCAAUAAUUCAAGCUAUUGAACUUAUCGCUAUUGUAUUCUCCCUGCCGGUUGUGCUUCUACAUAACUACUGCCUUACAAGAAGCACUAUAUUUCAUCCGAACCUUGUUCGAAUCGCACAGGUCUAUCUGAGCGGUAACUACUUUGCGAUCAUAUCGCGUUUGACAACGCAUCUCUAUCAAGUCGGAGUGUUUCAUUUUGACGAUGAAAACGAUUUCUCAAAAAUACUGCUUUUCAUCGCAUCUACAAUACGUUCAUACUUUCUUAUGUCAACAGUGGUAUUUCUCGUCGAAGUGAUAAUCGAACGGACAUUUGCAUUCUAUUUUGUGGAUGAUUACGAAAAGAAACCUCGUCUUUGGAUUUCCACUGGUAUUCUAGCAGUCACUCUGCCAACUACAUUUCUAGUUACUAUUAUGACGAUGAUUCGAAUUAUUCCGAUAAAAAACGUCAUUAUUGCGGAUUGUGUGAUGACAAUAAUAUUCUUUAUUAUUUUUGUGGUACUUUAUCGCGUGAAUGUUUUACGCCUUCAUGACUUAAGAGCUGGAAUUGUUCACUGCGAAACGAAGAACACACUCAGCAUUAAAUUCCAACUCCUGGAAAAUGUACGAGUGAUGAGGCUUGUAAUGAUAGCGUUCACUGUCGGCUCUGUACUGACAUUUAUUGGUAUAGGACUACUUGGAUUUGCUCUACUAGUAUAUUACGAUCAACCUAGAGCACGUCAACUCUGUUUAGCCCUUUUGGACUUAUUGGUAGCCCUAUCGACUGCUGUCGGCUUUUUCGCCUUUCUAUUGAUCUUCAACGAAUGGCGUCAGGCUAUAAGAGAAUGGCCAUUGGCUUUGAAGCUCUGCCGUAUUCUUCGGAUUCAACUCAAUGAGCCCAGUCAAGCUAUCGACGAACAUCGUGGUGCAACUGAUCACUACUUCAAUCAAUUACGACGGGCAUGGGAAUGA